GGAAUGGAUAUCAGCGGAAGAGCCUUGCCGUGGGUUUUGAAUUCAAGAAUGAUACAGGUUUUGCGGUCACCCGAUUUCUCUCCUCAAAAUAGGCAUGAACAGAUAUUGAUCACAUAUGCACUCAGCCAUUUCUCAGAUUUGGGAUCCUUUUUUGGCUUUAGUGAUUGGACGUAUGAUAUCAAUGCUGAAUUAUGCACAGGAAAAUUGAUGUUCCGAAUCUACUUGGAAAUUUCGGGCGGAGUCAUGAACUCAUUCAGAUCAGGCAGCCGCACGUGACGAGCCCGUCAUAUAAAGUACCCCUCCUCUCUUUCAUCCUCCAAGUUCCACCCACCAACGACGCCCUUUCUCCACGAGCCAGCGAUGGAGGAGGAUUUGAAGCAGGAAUCGUCUCUAGCGAUGCACCUAGCCGUCUGUCGUGGAGAUACAUUUUCACUCCAGACUCUGAUCGAAGCUGGGUUUGAUGUUAACAGAGAUAGUGAAUAUGGCGCGCCCCUUCACGUAGCCGUCAUGGCUGAACAAACGGAAGCUGCCCAGAUAUUGGUGGGUGCUGGCGCGGACCUCGAGGUUCUAUACAACUACGACAUGGAAGGGCAGGAUGAGCCUUGCAACCCACUUCGCCUGGCCGUACACCUAGGCUGCCGUGACAUUGUCCAACUCCUCUGGAAGGCUCUUUCCGCCCGCAGGAACCCCAGAACGUAUCGGCCCGGAGGACAGGCAGAUCAAGGAGGUUGGGGGCAGAGUUCUCUUCUUGUAAUUGCUGCCGAUGAUGACUAUCCCGAAAUCACGAUGGAUCUGCUAAGCUUCUCGGAUGAAUGGGCUCCGGAUGAGAGGGCCAGUGCACUUAACUGUGCAGCCCGGGUAUGGUCGGCCGGUUCAGUACGUGCUUUACUCCAGAGUGCACAUUUCACUGAUGACGAGAUGUCUUGCUUUCUGAAAUCAUGCUGUUCCGGGCGACCAAAGUGCUUCAACCAUUUUCCGUACCGCGGCAUCUGUACCCACGAGGAUUCUGUAAGGCAGGCGCAAUGUGUGGAAUACCUUCUCGAUGCAUACCCUGGGGCAGACUGUAUCCGGAUCCUCCACCGGGCCGCUCAAAACGCAUACUGUAUCGAAACACUCCGCUUUACGCUUCACCGCGGCGUGGAUCCCAACUCGCUUGAUGGGGAAUUGAAGACGCCGUUACAUCGUGCAGUAAUCAGGCGCGUCAUGUUCAGAGUCAACAAAGAUGGAGCAUUUUUGCUUCUCGAGAACGGUGCGGAUCCAAAUAUUCCUGACGUCGACGGCAUGAGGGCGUUACACCGGGCUGUAGAGCUAGGGGGAGACAUUGAGGUCGUGAAAAGGUUACUCGAGGCUGGAGCCGAUGCGGAAGCGCUAGACAGUGAAUCUGCUACUCCGAUGAUCACUGCUGCGUACUCUCGGCUUUACAACAUCGACGGGUGGAGAGUAUUACAGAUUCGAAUAUUGAAACUCUUACUAAGAGCAGGCAACGGUAAAGCUAGUAUUGAAUGGGAAGAUGAUCGAGGUAGGAGUGUAAAGAAAUGGGCAAAGGAGAACAAAAUUCCUGACCAGUGGCUGGAACUUGACGAAUAGCAGGAAUACCCAAUUGAUACGAAGAAUCUGACUUUCUCUGGGUCGUUCAAUAUGUGCUCAGGAAAUCUGGCUGCACGACCACGGGCGACG